CUACAUUGUUCAGGAAUUCAAAACAAGGUUAGCACUGGUCCCCAAUAUGUUUGCUCCGUAUGCCAUCGACAAUUGUUUAAACAACAAGUCAUACAAUGUAAAAAAGACACAUAUGGAAAAAAAGGCAAUGCUACAGCUUCAUUAGCCAGUAAAUGCAUUACUGAAACAUACCUUCACAAAUGCGAAAGCGCCUGUGUAAAACACUGCACAGAUCCUAAUAGUACACUGUGGAUUUGCUACACAUGUCACAGAAAACUUCUUGAUGGAAGAAUGCCUCCGGAAAGUGUUGCUAAUAAUUUGGUUUUGAGUCCUAUUCCACCACAGCUGAAGAACUUAAAUUCGCUUGAACAACAUUUGAUUGCAAUAAACAUUCCUUUUAUGAAGAUGCUUGCUUUACCAAAGGGAGGACAAAAUGGUGUUCAUGGACCUGUCACGUGUGUACCAUCUAAUGUCCCUCAGAUUGCAAGUGUACUUCCAAGACCAGAGCAUGAUGAUUUCAUGAUCCGUGUGAAAUUAAAGAGAAAGUUAACAUACAAAGGCCACUAUGAAUAUCAAUAUGUAAACAGUGCUGCUAUUCAUAAAGCUUUCUCAUAUUUGAAACAACAUAACCCAUGGUAUAAAGAUAUUACUUUCAACAACGAAUGGAUUAAUCCACUGAACAAAAUUGAACAACCCAAUGAAAAUGAUGACAUACAUCACCGCACGUGUGAACCUCUGUCUUUUGACAAUGAAACCUGUGUUGAGAUUAAUCCAGAAAACGCUAAUGAUGAAGCAUCCACUGAAACGACACCAGAUGAUGAACACAUUGAUGCAUCAAUACAUGAUACACAGCAACAUGGAAUGUUCAACGAUACAUGUUUACAACCUGUCGAUAUUGUCCAAGAGGUGAUGGAUCAGCACUUUGAUGGCAUUUUGUCUUUGGCCCCAGCACAAGACAACAACCCAGUCAGAUUAUUAACCAAUGAAGGCAAUGAAGCAAAAUGCUUUCCUGUUCUUUUCCCCAAAGGUACUGGUACUUUUAAUGAUACUAGGGAAGAAAAGUUAACCAUAUGUAGAUAUUUCAAUAACCGGAUACUCAAUGCAGAUGGAAGAUUUUCAAAGAACCUGGACUACAUUUUUUAUGCACAAUAUUUAUCUGAGAUUAACCAAGUGGUCUCAAAUGUAUCUAUUGCACUAAGAAAAGGAUAUGACUCUGGCAGAAAAAUUACAUCAGACAUGCUAAUGAACAAAGAUUCACUUCAAAGAAUUCUCCAUUUUGACGAGGGAUACAAAUUCAUGAAACCUAUCAGAGGCACACCUGCUUUCUGGCAAAGUGUUCAGAAAGAUCUUGCUAUGGUUAGACAGCUUGGAAUCCCAACAUGGUUUUGUUCCUUUUCUUCAGCUGACAUGCGAUGGAAAGAGACAUUGCAAAUUUUCCUCCAGCUAGAAGGCAAACAUAUAAAUGCUGAUGAUCUGGACUGGUCAGAGAGAUGUGAUCUCUUGAGAAAGAAUCCCGUAACAGCUGCCAGAAUGUUUGAUUAUCGCUUUCAUUGUUUCCUUAAAGAUGUCAUCAUGUCACCAGCUCAACCAAUUGGAAAAAUUGUUGACUACUUUUACAGAGUGGAAUUUCAACAACGAGGUUCAUCUCAUACUCAUUGUCUAUUCUGGGUUGAAAAUGCACCUCAAGUUGAUAAAGCUGAUGAUGCUGAUGUUGUAGCAUUUAUUGAUCAAUAUGUGACAUGUGAAAUGCCACCUCUUGAUGAUAAGGAAAUGCACGACAUUGUCUCUACUGUGCAACAGCACAGAAAAAGGCAUUCAAAGAGCUGCAGAAAAAACAAAACUAUCUGUCGCUUUAACUUCCCGUGGCCACCAUCAAAAAACACUUUCAUCACAAGGAAUAAAAUAUCUGAAGAAGAAAUGCACCACAAUAGUGAGCCUAACGAAAAACAACCUCAACAACAAACCAAUCAUCCAAGGCUUUCAAUGGAACUUGCAGGACAGAUUAUGGAGAGAGUACGGCAAGUAGUCAUGAACACUGACAUAUCUUUUGACUCUGCAGAUUCCCUCUUUUCAUCUAUUGGUAUAUCCCAGGAGCUGUUUGAAGCUGCAUACAUACGCAUGACAAAAAAAACUAAUGUUGUUUUACAGAGAAAACCAUCUGAUGUUUGGGUUAAUCAGUAUAACACACAACUUCUCCGAUGCUGGAAUGCAAAUAUGGAUAUUCAGUAUGUUGUUGACGCCUACUCUUGCAUUGUGUAUAUAAUAUCUUACAUAUCUAAGCAAGAGAGAGAAAUGGGAUUAUUGCUACAACAAGCCCAAAAAGAGGCCUCAAAUAACAUUGAUGCUAAACUUGCCUUGCGGAAACUUGUCAGUGUUUAUCUUCAUAACCGAGAAGUAUCUGCACAAGAGAGUAUAUACCGACUAACCAAUAUGAGACUUAAAGAGGGAUCAAGAAAGGUUCAGUUCAUUCCAACUGGUCAACAUCCCAUCAAAAUGAGUCUUCCGCUUCAUCUUCUUCAGAAAAGACUCAACACUGAAAAUGACAGCAUAUGGAUGAACAGCAUCACAGACAAAUACAAAGGAAGACCAAAAACAGAAGCAUUUCCUGAAAUGUGUUUGGCAACCUUUGCAUCACAGUACAGAAUUCUGUCAAAAUCAGACAAGUCAUCACCUAACAGCAUAAAACUGGAUCAGGACUUAGGAUUUGUGAUGAAGAGGACACGCACAGAUGCUGCUGUUGUGCGUUAUGCCCGCUUCUCACGCACAAAAAAUCCUGAGAAAUAUUACCACAGUAUUCUACAGUUAUUCCUUCCUCAUUACAAUGAUUCUGAGUUGAAACCACCAAACUUCAACACAUUUGAGGACUUCUAUCACACAGGCUUUGUCCAAAUCAUCAACAGUGAACUUAAGGCUGUGAAAUUCCUGAUUGACACAAUCAAAAAACUCUUUGAAAAAGAAGCUGACGAAAUUGACAAGGCUCAAGAACAUCUAAACAGAGAUGGACCACCAGAAGAUGCAUGGUCGCUAAUUUGCCCAGAAUCAGAAUUACAACGUCUACAGUGUCUGGAAGCAAUAACCAGUCAUGUACAAACACAGAGGGAAACUGAUGAAAUCCUUCCUGAUCUGCAGCCAGAUAAAAGCAACACUUUCACUAUCGAACCUAGGUUCUGUGGGUUGCAAAAGGACACUGCAAUGUGUCUCCUACGGUCACUAAAUGAAAAACAGCUGCAAUUAUUUUACAAGAUUCGGCACUGGUGUUUACAAAAACUCAACAACGAAAACCCAGAUCCUUUUUAUGUAUUUAUCACUGGAGGAGCUGGCACAGGCAAGUCCCACCUGAUAAAAGCAAUCAAUUAUGAAGCAUCUCGUAUCUUGUCACAGCUAUCAGAAAACCCCGAUGACACGCAUGUCUUACUCACUGCUCCAACUGGUGUUGCUGCUUACAACAUUGAUGCUGCUACAAUACACAAUUGUUUUUCAAUUGGAAUAGAUGUCUCAUUACCAUAUCAACCACUUGCAGAAGAAAUUAAUACUUUGAGAGCCAAACUCAACAAGAUCCAAAUACUGAUUAUUGAUGAAAUUUCAAUGGUUGAUCAUAAACUUCUUACAUAUAUCCACGGACGGUUAAGACAGAUCAAACAAACAGGUCUAUUCCUCUUUGGUAAAGUGUCUAUCAUUGCAGUAGGAGACCUAUAUCAAUUGCCACCAGUCAAAGGAAAACCCUUGUAUACACAACCAAGUGGUGUUAACUUAUGGCAAAAUCAUUUUGCUGUAACAGAACUCACAGAAAUAGUCAGACAGAAAGACACACAUUUUGCACAGUUGCUAAAUCUUAAGACACACAAGAAAAAGCAACCACUGCAACAAAAAGAUAUCAACAUGCUGAAAAGUCGUGAGACAGGAGAAGGAGAAUUCAGUGAAGAUCUUCACAUUUAUGCAACAAACCAACAAGUUGACACUCAUAAUUUUCAGAUGUUGCACAAAAUGUGCCCUCAUACCACUUCCAUUGAAGCUCAUGAUUUUGACAGGGAUGCUAAAACUGGUCGCCUGAAAAGAAAAAUGACACACCAUCUCAAAGUUUACAAUACUUGUUUGGUAAAUACACUGCAUCUUGGCAUACAUGCACGUGUCAUGUUACUGAAAAACAUUGAUGUUUCAGAUGGACUUGCAAAUGGAGUCUUUGGAACAGUUUCUGACAUAUGUUACAAGGAUGAUGACACUUUCCCAUUGUUAGGAUACAGAAAGUUUGUGCUGUAGGAGACAGACAGAUUUGUGUAUUCCAAAACCUCACAUGCAUGUGAGAGUCCGCCAUUGUUUUACAAAGACAACCAAUAAGACACAGUGGUAGAAAUUGCAGCCUAUAGGGCAACUCUGUAUAACAAACAACCAAUCAGAGUUCAUGCUGUAUUCUGCGCACAAAUUUGAAUAUAUGUAAAUGUAACUGUAUAAACUCCACAAACUCUAACAGUUGAAUGGAACAUUUUUGUGUGAAUCCCUGUUGCUGGCUUUCUGUAUAAUAAAUGCUUCCUGAUUU